CAGACAAUUUACAGCAACAUUCGGCAACUCAUGAACAGCUGUAGAGGAACUGCGAUUGACUUUUCUCUUAACAGCUGGACUCAUCGUAGAACAAACUCUCAAACAUGGGUAGAUCAAUUAUUGCAGACGAAUCUGUGCAAAAAUACAUUGAAAAGCUUGCAAAGGAGAAUAAAUGGUUUAUUGGCGUUAUAAUUGGACAGCUCACAUCACAAAGAGACUACGUGGUGCACCUCGCACGUACCCCUGACCCCGUGGAGGAUGAGGUGAGUGAGGAGAACGGUGAGGAAGAUGGCGGAGAUGGUGUAGUCAACGUGAGGCAGAAGUCUGUCGUAGAGAGACCCGCGUCUCUAGAGGAACUGGACGAGAAGUGGGUGUCAACCCAUGCCAAACAGGUGUCCAGAAUGCUGCCAGGCGGAUUGUCAGUCGUCGGUCUGUUUGCCAUCGCUCCCCCAGCCAUGCUGAAAGCUGCCCAGACAAAGCUCAGACAGAUGAUGUCCUCUGUGUACAAACAACUGUCGAAGACGUCGCUCACAUCCCCCGCGGCCGAGAUCACAGACAGGAUUCUCUUACAGAUGGAUACCUCCACCAAAAAACUGACCUGUGUAACUGUGGACAUUGCUGACUUCAAGAGCGCCCCGAGACCCGCCGAGUGGAAGUUCCAGUCCGGGGGCAGCAAGUGGGUGCGCCUCAACUCCAACAUCAACCUGGACAUCCCCAUCACCGUGCCACAAGACAGCAAGGCGCAGUCACUGUUGAAGCAAAUACAGGUUGGUCUGGCAGACUUUGGCUCAUGGAUACAGACGAGCGUGGUGACGGUGGGCGGGGCUGUGCGGGCCGGCUCAGAGCCUCUGGUGGCGCAGGGAGAGAAGAAAGGGAAAGGCAAGGGCAGCGCAGCCAGUCAGGACGAGUGCACGUCGUUCGAUGUCGGUAUUUUCCUGCCCUUUGUGACCUCGGAGGUGCCCCAGGACCCGGUGGUUGGCCAAUCACAGGCCACGAUCAACAUGGUGGGCACGUCGGUGGUCCGGGCGUUUGUGUCUGCGCGGGCGACUGUGGCCGACGCUAUAGAGGCUGUGAAGACUGACGUUCUGCGUAGCAUCAUGGCUCGCUGCGAGCUUCUGUGCGAAGAGUUUGACGUGGCGGAGGUCACCCAAGGUCGCAGCGAGGUCUACGACCCGCCCGUGCGUCUGUUCUGCCGUCUGCCGCACACAGCUGUGCAGGUGUGUGACUACGUGUUCCAGGACGAGAAGACAGAGGAGGUGAAGGGACGAAUACAGGAGCUGUUGGACAUCCAGGUGGAGGAGUUGGAGGAGGCGGAGAAAAGUGCUGCGGAUGACGACACGUGGAGCCAGCCGUCCCUGCCAGGAGUGGUCAGCUCACAGUCGCAAGUCGCAGAACUGACGGAGAAGAAAAGUUCUGUCCGGGCCUAUCUCGGUGCGGCAGUCGGUGGUGCGGUGGCAGCUAUCGCAGCCGGUAUCUCCUACAUCUACCUCAACGAAUGAGACCCACGACCUCGCCCUGAUAGAUCCUCGUCGCGGUCUACAUCUACCAGAUUUGACUCGGAUAAUUCGUCUGUCAUGCACAUAGCGAAAUUGGCACGAAGCGAAAAUCUUUUCGUUUGUACGCAAGUUUCAUGAGUACAUUUUAUGUUUCUAUACAAUGAUAUAAUAUAUGAAAGUAAAACUUUAUGAUCUGAAAGUCUGUUCGCUAUGUGUGCAUAUUUUGCUAUGUGUGUGAUAGACUGUAUAAAUGUCCCAUCGUGAUAGAUUCAGGUGCUCGUCCAUUUUUGGGCAUAUGGAGUUAUUUGCUUCAUUUUAAAGCUUUUUUAUUUGUCUUGCUUUCGAUGAAAAAAAUACCCAUCUAUCUUGAAUUGGGGUCGCGAUAUUUCAGCUUGAAGAAAGUGGGGUCACCUGAUUUCAGAGGUAAAUUUAUCGAGAAAAUGGAAGCCAAAGUUUGGUAACUUUCAUAGCUUGAGAGUCCCUGGAAAAUGAAAUUUUACAUUUGUUAGACCUUUAAUCAACGUAUUUCAAUCAAAUCCAGACAGAAAUUGGUUUUGAAAUAGACAUAAAAGGUGUUGAGGUAAAAACAAAAA